GAGUUCUUUGACCUUGGCACCGUCCAGUGCCGGAAUGACUACGACAAGGAGUUCAUCCACAGCGCCAUCGUGGAGUGGUAUGGCAGCCUGGAGGCCUUUACGGAGUACGUCCGUGGCCCGCUGCGCAAAGAGCUGGUCGCGACCUGCGGCACCGCGUUGCCCAUCAAGUACACGCUGAUUGUCGUCACGCCCUUGGUGAGCCUGGGCAUAGAUGUGCUGGUGGCGCUCUGCAAGGGAGGCGCACCUCCCCGCGCGGUGCUUUGCUAUGGGUUCGGUAUGGUACUGGGGCUCUUCACCUUCUAUGCCAUGGCUAUGUUGCGAUUCGGAGCCUUCCUGUGUGAACACUUCGCGCGCCCUUUGAAGGGCAACUUGCAGAGCCUGCUGCAAUCCCUGGGGCUUUUCGUGGUCUUCAUGCUGGCGAUCUUCGGUGGUGCCAGAGUCGCAUCCAUGGCCUACAGGGCGAACGUCGUGGCCUCCAUCCUUUUCUGCUUCUCCUCCUUCCUCUUGACGCUGCGCCAAUCCGGUUGCUCUGGAGGAGCAACGAUGCAAUACUUUGGCAUUGGCAGGGCUCCGGAGUCUGAGGGGUAG